CAACUGUGGCAUUUUUCAUGCAGAACUUGGGUAAGACAUUUGAGGGAGAGGCAGUUCACACUCAGUUGAUUACAUCAGCUAAUAGCGUUAGCCAUGUCCUUUUCCAGGAAUGAUGUCAUCAAUUAUGCUACUCAACAUCCUUUUAAAAUGGUGUUGAGUUUCUUGUUGUGUUGGGUCACUGCUUUUGUGAUUAAAUUAAAGCAUGACCAAACAACAUAAGAGCAAAAGGACCUGCCUCUUUAGGCGUACAAGCCCACGCAAAGGGUUUAUUCAGGGGGCUAGACAGCUGUCAUCCGUGCGCUAAAGUUCACCCAGCUGACAAUUCAGGAAGAGGAUCCAGUGAGAUGUUUAUGGACAACGAAGUUCAGUUAAACCGAAAUGAAAUGUUCGCUUUGCAGCUAGCAACGAGAACAAAAGCCGAGAUUGUCACAGAACUGGUUGUAUUUGUGCUAGUAGGUUUAAUCGGUGUGUGCGGGAACUUUCUUGUACUCUUUGUCAUAAGUCUGACACCAUCGUUAAGAACUAUCUCCAACUUUUACGUAGCUUCUCUAAGUGCGAUGGAAUUACUGCUGUCUUUCUUCAUUUGGAUUUUUUUACCAGAGGUAACGGUGAAAGGAAAGUGGACUUUUGAUGACGCUACCUGUCAAUUUGUAGGAUUCACGACGGCCAUGUUGGCCACAGGUUCUAUUUAUUCCAUGGCUUUAAUCGCAAUCAAUCGAUACUUCCUCAUGGUAAAAUCGAACCUUCAUCGUAAGUACUUUACAAAGAGAAACGCUUGUAUAUCGAUUGCUGCGUCAUGGAUCUUAGCUGGAAAUUUUCCUGUGUAUUACAUGAUUUUCGGCAACAAGUUUGAAUUUCAUUCCGGAAAAGGCGUCUGUGUCUUUGAUGUGGCGAAGUUGAAUAUAGUGCACGCCUUUUUGACAGGUUUCUUCAACAUUCAGCUUCCAUAUCUUGUCAUUUCGUAUUGUUAUUUCAAGAUUUAUAAGAAGGUGAAAGAACACAAUGCAUUACUGAGGCGCCCUGGACGCGGUAACGGAAGCGGUAGCGGAAUUUCAGCGAAGGAAAUUAGAGUAACAAAAUUACUGUUCGCUAUUGUGUUGAGUUACACGAUUUGUUGGACGCCAUUUUAUGUCAUCGAUUCACUUGGGGUGUUUCUUGGUCAAUUUUUCGCCCCUCGCCUUAUUUACGUGUUUUACAGCAUUUUUGUUGGCAGUACUACUGCCAUCAGCCCGAUAAUCUACGGCGUUUUCAACAAAGAGCUAAAAGGAGAAAUCGUAAAACUUUUAAAAUCGAAAUGCUGUUGUAUGUGCAGAAAAGUCAAAGUUGAGGUCUCUGUUACAACGUCAAAUAGGCAUUCAUGAUAACGCACCUGGUGCGAAAAGAUAGCCAGCUCUAACAAAGAGCCUAGAAAUGUAUGAUAUUGAUUCUCAAUACAAUCCUAGAAAGGUCACAAACGAACUUAAAACCGUAUUAGUUCCAAACAUCUUUGACAGAAGUUUCUGUCUUCUAAAUUUUAAUUUCCUUUUAUGGGUUUUGGUAAAAAUUUAAUGAAUAAAUUGUAAUCGUGAGCGCUUGUAUUAUGCUAACUACUGUUAAUUGCACGCUGAAACUAUCUUUGUAAACUUAUAACUUCAGAUUAUA